AUGGCAGGGUCCACCCUGUGCAAGGUCCCCAUGCUGUUCCUCAGCCUCCUGGUGCUCCUGGAGCUGAGCCUGGCGGGCUCACUUGGACCUGGAACUCCUGCUCGGAACCUACCUGAGAAUCACAUCGACCUCCCGGGCUCUGCGCUAUGGAUGCCUCAAGCCAGCCACCACCGCCGGCGGGGCCUGGGCAAGAAGGAGCAGGGCCCGAGCAUGCCUGGCCAGGCCCAGGAUGGAACUGUGGUUACUACCACCACCAGGCAGGCCUCCAGGCUACCAGGGGCUGGGGGGCUGCUGCCUGGACAGACUCCUGCAGGCCUGCUGCAGAACAAAGAUCUGCUCCUGGGGCUGGUGUCACCCUAUUCUGAGAAGGAGCACCGAUCUCCAGGGUGGGAGAGGGUGAAGAAACGUGGCAGGGAGCACAAGAGACGCAGGGACAGGCUGAAACUGCACCGAGGCCGGGCCCUGGUUCGAGGUCCCAGCUCCCUGAUGAAGAAGGUAGAGCUCUCUGAAGACCAGACAUUGGAGGCCGCCAUGGAGGAGUCUUCCACCAGCCUGGCCCCCACCCUGCUCUUCCUAACCACCUUGGACGCCGCACCUGCCACAGAAGAGUCUCUGAUCCUGCCUGUCACCUCCCUGAGGCCUCAGCAAGUGCAGCUCAGGUCUGAUGGGGAGGUGAUGCCCACGCUGGACAUGGCCUUGUUCGAUUGGACCGAUUAUGAAGACUUAAAACCCGAGGUCUGGCCCUCUGCAAAGAAGAAAGAGAAACACCAGGGUCACCUCUUCAGUGAUGGUAAUGAGACCUCGCCUGCUGAGGGGGAACCAUGCAACCAUCAUCAGGACUGCCAGCCAGGAACCUGCUGCGACCUUCGGGAACACGUCUGCACACCCCACAACCGCGGCCUCAACAACAAAUGCUUGGAUGACUGCAUGUGCAUGGAAGGGCUGCGCUGCUACGCCAAAUUCCACCGGAACCGCAGGGUCACGCGGAGGAAGGGGCGCUGCGUGGAGCCGGAGACGGCCAACGGCGACCAGGGAUCCUUCAUCAACGUCUAGCUCUCGAGGAUGAAGCCUGGGGACUGAGCCCGGGAGGUUUGGAGAAGCCGGGCAAUGUGUUUGUAACUAGCAGCGGGAGAUCAAGUGGGGGACAGAGGGUGGAGGCCGCAGGCGCAGGCCCAGACCCAGGACACUUGGUCCCAGGAUGGGGACUGCUGUGUGGACGAGCUG